CCCCGCCGCCAGUGCGCUCCGAGCGCGACGGCGACAACAUGUUAGGCGUGAUCAAGAACUCGCUGUUCGGGAGCGUAGAAACGUGGCCUUGGCAGGUCCUGAGCAAAGGGGGCAAGGAGGAAGUCUCCUAUGAGGAAAGGGCCUGUGAAGGAGGGAAGUUUGCAACGGUGGAAGUGAGUGACAAGCCUGUGGAUGAGGCUCUACGGGAAGCAAUGCCCAAAGUCGUAAAGUAUGUGGGGGGCACCAAUGACAAGGGGAUUGGGAUGGGGAUGACAGUCCCUAUUUCCUUUGCUGUGUUCCCCAGUGAGGAUGGCUCCCUGCAGAAGAAAUUAAAAGUCUGGUUCCGGAUUCCAAACGAAUAUCAAAGUGACCCGCCAGUUCCCAGUGACCAAAGCGUCAAGAUUGAGGAGCGGGAAGGCAUCACUGUCUAUUCCAUAUUUCUAAAAGUCCAGUCAAAACCAAAGGUGCAUAUCCUUAUAGGAUCAGAUAAUCCCAGCGGCACCAGCAUUCCACUGAAGGAUGUUCAUUCCAAAGGCAUAACAUUUUCCUUAUCAAUGUAAUGAUUAUACUUUCUGUAUAUUCCCAACAUAGAGAAGGGAACAUUAUAAAAUCAGUUUGAAUGAAAUAAAAUUAGAGAUUGUUAUAUCUCACUUUGUUCUCAAAGUCACAAUUAUUGCUUUUGAGAAGAAAAUCUGAAGUUUGAAAGAAAAGUAUUUGAAUAAAAGAUCUAUUGCCUUUCAAAACUUUGAACUAAUAAUUGAAUUAAAUGUGGUGAACAAAGAAGAGUGACUGCAUUUACAUCUUGAAGAAUGAUUGAAGAAUUCAAUUACAAUAUUGAAGAAUGAUUAGAAGACCUUAUAAAUUAUGUGAAUUAAAAAUUGAAGAAAAAUUUCCUGUGCUACUAGCAUAGAUAUUGCAUUACUAUUGUUAACAAUCACAACAACCUUGGAUGAGCAAAGCGGCUCAUGCCUGUAAUCCUAGCACUUUGGGCGGCCAAAACAAAAGAAUUGUUUUGAGGCCAGGAGUUUGAGGUGGGUAACAUAGUAAGACACUGUCUCUAUAAGGCAAACAAAGAAAUAAACAUCGCAACAACAUAUUGUGUGGACUUUUAGGGUUUCGUGUUUGAUUGGAUUUUAAAAAGGAAAGAACCCAGUUGAACAAUACGCCCAAUGCACAUGUUGUUUUGUCCUCAGCUAAUCCCCUAGAAUGAAUUUAUAAUGAGGUUAUCAAAUCUGUUCAUAAAUAAAAAUUGUGUCUAAAUUCCUGUCUUGUGUUAUUUUGGAAUUUUGUUAUCU